UCCAGACUGAAUGUGAUCAAAUGCAAUCUUCAAACUUUGCUGCAAGUCUUGAUGUUGAUGACCACCACGAUAAGGGUGAGGAGUUGUCUUCCAUGGCUUUGACUUACCAGCAUAUGCCUUCCAAUUCAUCCACAGCAGAGGAAUCAGGUCAGAUAGUGGUGGCUCAAGUUUCACAAAUUGACCUUUUAGAGGCUAGCCUAAGGGAGGUGCAUAAAACGGAAUCUGAAAUGGAUCAAGUCCAAUCAGCAUGUUCUGAUUCAAAGAUUGAUACUGGUCUCGGCCAUGAUAUGAACAUGGAGGGAAUUCCUUCAAACUCUAGUUAUCAAGCUAUGCCUUCUAGAGAAAACCGUUCACCAGAAUUGGAGAAACAGCUGUCGCUGUCUGAUAAAUCUAUGGAUGAACCACACAUUGAUGAACAUCAUAAGCUUGAAGAGCCAUCUAUAAUUGCAACUGAGUCUAGAGGGGAAGUAGACAUUGUCAACAGUGAUGUUAAUGUACAUAAAGUUCAUGAGUCCGAGGACAAACUUUCAACAAAUUUCUCUUCUAUGACUUCAGAGUCCACUUCUUCUCCUGCUGCGAGUCCUGAACAUACAUUGCCAACAGAUCGAGAAGAUUUGAAAGACAAUAUCCUAAACAAAAUUGAAAGUGAGGGCCCCAACGAGGUAUCAGAACACUUUAAUUAUGCAGCAGAAGUAUAUGCCACUCAUGUUGAUGAGGAAAAUAUAAGUGAAGAGGAAGAUGAGAUUAAAGAGAUUGAUGAAGGAAUCCUCUUUGAAUUGGAUACUGUAGGGGACUUUAAUGUCAAGGAAAUUGGUUUACCAGAGGGAUCUCAUGUUGCCUAUACUGAAUCUGCAUUGUUACCAGAAAAUAUAAAGGCCGAGACUAAUGUUGAGCUGCCUGUUCUUGAAGCAAGAUCAGUAGAAGAUAUUGAUUUGGCUUUCAAGCAACUUCAUGAAGGAGUAGAUGUUGAGGAAGUAAUUCUUCCAAGUAUGAUUGAGAAUCUGCAGGAUCAUACAGAUACCAAUUCAAGAUUACCUGUUGUUGAGGGAAGAUCUCUGGAGGAUAUACAUGAUGCUUGCCAACAAGGCCAAGAAUCUAAUCCAGCUGAGCUGCCACAUUAUUCAGACUUAAGGAAUGAAUCAUCAGAAAUAAAGCAGCUUGAAGCAAGACCGGUUGAAGAUACCAAUUUGGCUUUUAAGCAACGUCAUAAAGGAGUAGAUGCUGAGGAAGUAAUUAUUCCAAGUAUGCAUGAGAACCAGCAGGAUCAUGUCGAUACACAUUCAAAAUCACCUGUUGUAGAGGCAAGAUCUCUGGAGGAUAUACAUAAUGCCUUCCAACAACGCCCAGAAUCUAAUCCAGCUAAGUUGCCAAUUCUUCAGACUUGA